AUGGACGGUUCUUGGCCUGAAAACCUAGACGCCAUUCGGAAAAUGGCCAUUGAGGAGCUGAUGAAAGGCCGGGAACUCGCAAACCAGCUUCGAUGUGUUCUCUCCAAGUCUGAUGAUUCAGCUGGAUCUGUGAAAAAUCUACUCAUGAAGAUAAUGAAAUCGUUUUCCACAACCCUUUCCAUUUUGAAUGUGAAAUCCUCGGUGAUCUCUCAAACUCAAGCUGAUUUCCAAGUGGGUUUACCGUGUUUGGUUGCUCGGAAUUCUGAAGAUUCCCAAGAAAGUUGCAAGAGUAAUACUAUUACUAUCCCAAGUAAAAAGAACCGCAGGGGUUGCUAUGAGAGAAGAACAAGCCUAAGGACAUGGAAAAGAGAUACUCCAACUCUCAUUAAUGAUGGUCAAGCAUGGAGGAAGUACGGACAAAAAGCGAUUCUCAAUGCCAAGUAUCCCAGGCACUACUUCAGGUGCGAGUACAAGAAUGAUCAAGGCUGCAAAGCAACCAAACAAGUUCAAAGAAUCCAAAUGAAUCCCCCACUGUACCGGACCAUAUAUUAUGGGCAUCACACAUGCGAGGACCUCAAAAACCCUGAAAUGAUCUUGGAAUGCAACACUAGUACUAAUCCUACUGAGAACACUUCCUCGAUUUUCAUCAGCUUUGACACUUCUAGCCUCACAAACCUCAAAAACGUACAACACCAUCCAUUUUUCUCAUCGAUCAAACAAGAGUGUAAGGAAGAGAAAACAUCAUGUGACAAUGAGGAUCACAACCAGCCACCGUCAUUGUCGUCGUCUGAUUAUUUUGUGUCUCCUGAUUUGAUGGCGGCAGCUGGAUCGCCUGAGCAGCCAAUGAAGGUGUUGCCAUCGACUCAGGACUUUGAUCAUGAGGGUUUAGUAAGUGGGAUGAUGGAGUAUGUUGGCUUGGAUCUCGAUGAUCUCCAUGUUGAAUGUUGAUAUCGGUACGUAUAUGCA